GAUCUUGUAUUUCAGGGUUAGGGUUUGAGAUUUGUGUUACUCUGCAAAUCAGACAGAGAUGGCAAUGAAGCAGUUCUUCUCCGAAAUCAGGGGCUUGAAGGUUAAGGAGCUGCCCGCAUACGUGAAGCCGAUGCUCUCCAUUGAUUCUGCUAAGAAGGCAGUGCAGAGAGGUCUCGACAAUUACAACGCCAAGUACAUUCAAACUGGUUCUAUUGACCCUCUCUAUCAUGUCUGCUUUGGCGGUAUGAUCUUUUCGUACCUUGUUGCGCUUCCUGAGGAACGGCGCCACCUUGAACAUCAGCAACACGCCAAAGAACAUGGUGGCCACUGAUUGAGUUCUUUAUAUUUUGAGGGUGAAGGUGCCACAAAGGUGUUUCUGGUCAAUAAUUUGUUUCCCGAAUGAUUUUGUAUCCUAGUCUUACUGGCUGAAACUUGCAAUUAUUUUCUUUAACAUUCGGUGCCAGAGGAAAUAAACAGACUUUUCUGUGAUUGUUAACCAUAUAUGGCAAUCAUUUUUGAGGUGCAGCACAAGUUCGUGGCUGUUUUCUUUACUUUCUUGCACGUGAUCCUUCCCCCAUCAUGCUUGUUUCUCUAGUUAGUUCUUUGUCAAAGGCCUAUAAAACUAUUGCUGCAGACUUCAAAUGCAAAUUGAUGUCUUUCAUUUCCUCUGUGUUGUUAAAAAAGUAAUCUAUAAGAUUACUAUGAUGAAUUGAA